AUGGCCUCCGUCGACCCCUUCGACUCGGCCCUUGACCUCCUCCGCCGCCUGAAUCCGAAGCACACAACCGAACACCUAAAUGCCAUCAUCUCGCUGGCCCCAGACCUGACUGAGGACCUUCUUUCAUCCGUCGACCAGCCCCUGACGGUGAAGCGCUGCAAGCAAACGGGCCGUGACUACCUCCUCUGCGACUACAACCGCGAUGGCGAUAGCUACCGCUCUCCCUGGAGCAACCAGUUCGACCCGCCCCUCGACGAGGCGGGAGCUGGCGGCGUCGGGGCUGGUGGCAGCGAAGGAGCUGGCGAGGGCGCUAUCCCGAGCGAGCGUGUCCGCAAGAUGGAGGUUCGCGCCAACGAGGCGUUUGAUGUCUACCGCGACCUGUACUACGAGGGUGGCGUGAGCAGUGUGUACUUUUGGAAUCUUGAUGAUGGUUUCGCCGGUGUUGUUCUCUUGAAGAAAUCCGCGACACCGGGAGGCAGCGCCGAGGGCGUCUGGGACUCAAUUCACGUCUUCGAGGCCAUUGAGCGCGGCCGCACGACGCAGUACAAGCUUACAUCGACCGUGAUCCUGUCGCUGUCGACAUCGACGGGCGCCCUGGGUGACAUGGACCUCAGCGGCAACAUGACACGGCAGGUCGAGCAGGAGCUGCCUGUCGAGGGUGACGAGAGCCAUAUUGCCAACGUCGGCCGUCUCGUUGAGGAUAUGGAGCUCAAGAUGCGCAACUUGCUGCAGGAGGUCUACUUCGGCAAGGCCAAGGACGUCGUCGGCGACCUGCGCAGCAUCGGCAGCCUCAGUGAGGGCGCCAAGGACCGCGCGGCGCAGAGGGAGAUCAUUGGGAGCAUGCAGAGGUGA